AUGCUAAAAUGUGAUAAGAAUGACCCCCAAAUCUUAUCCAUCUCAUCUCUAAUUAUAGCACCAAAUCCUCCCAAACGUGGAUCUACUAUGAUCCUAGAGGCCGAAGGUGAUAUCAUUUCAGAAAUUUCUGAAGGUGCUUAUGUUGAUGUAGAAGUACGUUUAGGUUAUAUCAAAUUAUUGACCCAACGCCUCGAUUUAUGUGCUAUCUUGGCUGACCACGCUCGUGACCAGCCAGACAUGCAAUGUCCUGUGCAACCAGGCCACCAUACGUUUGCUCAGAAGGUUGAUAUCCCCAAUGAGGUUCCAGCAGGUCGUUAUGUAGUUGUGGCAAGAGCAUUUACAAAAGAUGAUGAACUCAUCACGUGCCUCACCGGUACCAUCGUUUUCAAACCCUUAUUUUGA